AUGUCAGAACGUCGUAACUUAUAUGUUGAUGCUAUUACUUGCUACUCACUCCCUCUUUAUGAAAUACUUUUACAUUCUCCUCCUACUAUUAACAAUUUAUAUUCUUCUAGCUUUAUACCACCGAAUCUUCUUUUAGAUGGCUCUGACGUUGCCAGAAAGCUUCUUGUAAGCGAGGUUUUCCAGUUAGAUAUUGAUCAUCAGGUGCUUCGUGUUCGUCCUUCCUUCCAAUUCGCUCGCCAUCCUAUUGUAUCCCAACGUGUUGCUGAUUUCAUUCAGUCGCGUCAACUACUAUUCCAACCUUUCUUUGCACAACAGUGCUUCAUUGCUCCUCGUCCAACACUCAACCCACAUCAACCUCCCUCCCUUCGAGCGUUCUGCCGUAGCAUUAUCGUUCCUCCUUCUUCCUUGCCUUCGCGAGGCCGGUUGCCGCUCAACAGCAUCCGUUACUUCAAAAAACUACGUCAAAACCUCUCCUCUACCUCCUCCUCACUCUCUCCUCUCCGGCCGGCUCAAUGGCUCUCCUUCUGGAGAAUCUCAAUCCCCCUGGCUGCUCGCACGGUCUGGUACCGAGCUAUUUACGAAAAAAUCCCUUCAAGAGCUCUGCUACAUUUACGCAUCCCCGGAAAACACCCUUCUCCCCUAUGUACCAUCUGCUCUGCCUCUACCACGGAGGAUAUCACCCAUACUCUGUUCUCCUGCCCUCCCAAGUUAUUGGUCUGGCGACACAUGUACCACACCUAUCUCUCUGCUUCUUCCUCAAUCUCUGAUGUUGAUCUGAUUCAUUUCUUCCAACAAAUAUUACUCUGUUCCUCUCCCUAUCUUGAUCGUGAUCUCUCUCUCUCGUUCAAUGAUCUCUCUAUUCCUCAACUUUUCGCAACUACUCUGCUGACAAUAUGGCAAGCGCACUGGCGCUGGAUCUUCGACCGAACCCCGUUCAUCGCUGACACUGUUCAACAUCGUCUUGCUCGCUCUCUUGCUCGCUUGGAUGCCGAGUUAAAGCUAGAUUCGUAA